AUGGCAAAUGAUAAAUUCAAGUUGAAAUUGAAAACGGGUUUGUCGAUAAUCAAAAGGAUUAUAGAAAUUGGGAAAAAUGUCCCAUUAAUACAAACGGCUUCCGCAGUUGCAGAACAAAUUCAAAAACAAAUCGAAAUUCAAGUAGACAAUGAAGAAAUGUGGGCAGACAUUAAGGAAAGAGUUUGUACUGCACAAGAACAACUGAACCGUUGUAAUCUUGAUGAAAGAAAAUAUAAUCGAGCAUACAAAAAUUACAUUGAAGUUUUAAAAUAUAUUAAUCUGUAUAUGAAAGAAAUGGGGAAUAAGGAAAGUUCGGAUGAUAAAAUUUACAAGAAGCUCAAAUCUUUUGUAAAUGCUUCUCACAUUAAUGAAGUUUAUAAGGAACUUUUACAUAAACUUGAUGAUGCAACUAAAGAAUUUCAUUUUGAAAUAAACAUAGAAACGUACAAUAAAGUAGAUGUUUUAAAUGAUAAAGUGGAUAUUAUAUGCAACAUGAUGAGUUUAGCUUUCUUAAAUAAAGGAUUUGAUCCUAACCCCAAAGAUGUGAAUUUAACUAAGCUUUAUGACAACGAUAUCGAGGAUCCUGAAAAUGAUGAUAAGGAUAUUCGAGGUGAUGGCAGAGUUGAAAAAAAAUACUAUAAUGGGGAAACAGUUGCAUUAAUAAAAGUUAAAUAUCCGCAAAAUCAAAAUGACGAAGAAAAAAUUCGUAAAUCAGCUAUAUAUCAUUUAUAUCUUAGUGCUUGUAAUUCGAUUCUCAGAUUUAAAGGAACGUUAGCUUCAAACAGAAGUAUGUAUAUCGUAAUCGAAUGGGCUGAAUAUGGGUACCUUGAACUAUUUCUUCAGAAAGAUAUCGCUUUUCCUUGGUCUGAACGCAUAAAAAUUUCACAACAAAUUGCUUCUGCGAUUCAGUUUUGUCAUAAUAAUCAUAUCCUACAUCAUAAUCUCCGUAGUAAAAAUGUCUUAAUUGAUAAAGACUUAAAUGCUAAACUUACCGGAUUCGAGUCAGCUAAGUUUAGUUACGAAGGAACUCGACCUACAUCGGAUGAAGAUGGGAUUAGGUAUUAUCCGAUAGAACGAUUUGGUGUAGAACACCACUUAUGGUGUAAAAGAUGUGAUAUUUAUAGUUUUUCAGUGUUACUCUGGGAAAUCGCUUCAAGAAAAAAACCGUUUGAGGAUAUCACAACCAAACGACUAAUAAAAAUGUUACCGGAAAGAUUGCGAACUGGUGAAGGUCCAGGCAAAAUUGAUAGUGAUAUUCCAUUAAAGUUUAAAGAGAUAAUCGAUAGUUGUGGCUCCUUAAAUCAAAAAAGUCGACCCGAAAUUAAACAAGUUUCUAAGGAGCUCAACUCUCUAUAUCUCAAUCAUGGGAAAUAA